AUGGUGAAGAAGAAGGGCUCCACUCUUGCCACCAGUGCUGUGAGCAGCGGUGCCGCCGCCAAGACUUCUCCAAAUCCGUCGAAGAGAGGCGCUCCAGAUGUUCCUCCUCCAGCUCCGGCGCCGCCAGCGCCAUCGAGCUCCACGGCUGGACCCAUCCCCGGCGAUUGGUCGGCGUCUACUACCACAAAGCGUGAUGAAAAGAGGGCUCAGAGCCUUGGAUUAAUCUCUUCUGACGAGGGGAAUGUGAUUCUCCCAGCUGUGGAGGAGGCCGAAGCACUUCCUUCGAAGAGACCAUCCGGCGGCUUCGCCGACGAAGAUGACCUUCUCGAUCUUGAUGAAGGUUUCUUCGAGCCUCCGCCCAAGAGGGCCAAAUUAUGUACCGUUCUGCCGAAUCCCGUAGCUUCCGAGGCUUCAGCCCCUGCCGCGGCCCCAAUAGUCCAGAUAUCGACUGCUUCUUCCCUUUCUAGGGGGAAGGAUAUUCCUUCGACUGCCACUGCCACAGCUCCUUCUCCAGGGAAACCUGAUUUGUGA